UGUCUGAAAACUAAGCCUAUUACCGCUCUGGCCGCCUAAAUAAAUACUGGCAUAACUGACACUUAUGUCUUGAAUCGAUCUUGACUCGGCAGAGGCUUAUUCUUAUUCGCAAGACGCGGAGAUGUACAGGUUUUAUAAAGMCAGCAGCCCUGUUUUGUGUUAUGUUUAGCMAGCUGACUGGUCUUAUCCGAAGGUCAACUCGACAACGAAGGCAUUCUAGACGUAGGAACGACAUCCCGUUACUGAUAAACAAAGAAGAAUUAUUGCAGUAGAUACUGCAGAGGAGUUCUUUCUUUUAAUCCUCACAGAGCAUCUGACCUGAUCUCUACUCCAUAUGAACAACAGCAUACAAAUAACAACGAGUUCCUCUGAUAGUACGAAUAACCCAUCUUGGUUGUCAAACAUCACCAACAAUAGUCUUCCAAGACGUCGAGAUGGACCGUGGGCGUGGGUUGUGCUGGCAUACAUAUUUCUAUGCGGCAUUUUGUUUGGUGGCCUUUCGUUUGGAUAUGGAGUUAUUCUACCAGCAUUAAUGGUUUCUCUUAAUGAAAAUCGGGAAAGAACAGCACUUGUUGGGUCACUGUCAAUGGGUAUAGGUCUCAGUACAUCUCCCAUUGCAAGUAAACUUUCCGAACAUUACACGUGUCGCAUCGCAAAUGGUUUGGGUUUCGUAAUGACUGUUUCUGGUUUAACUCUAAGUUCCCUUUGCCGAUCAGUGUACCCUCUUUACUUCACUUAUAGUACGCUGAUAGGCAUAGGAAACUCGUUAGCCUUCACUUCAGGGUUUAUCGCUAUCAGACAGUAUUUUAACAAGCGAUAUUCCUUGGCUAUGGGGAUAGCUUCCGCUGGCGGUGGACUUGGRACUCUAAUUGUUGGACCUGCCAUGYACGUAUURAUGGACAGUUUCGGAUGGAAAAAUACCCUGCGAAUUAUUGCUGGGGUAUUUGUUUUGCUUUUAAUGUUYGUCAUCGUUGUGGAUCCUAAUGUUGAGRCAGAAAAUAACWACGAMGAAAACGUAAAGACCAUGGRACAGCCUUCUAAMYCAAGCGAAGUGAUAAGUUCCAGUACAGAAAAUGGUGGUGGAAGAAUACRGAGUAAAGUAGUGCUGGGAUUUCUUGACAUAUCAGUGUGGAGAUUUCCUGAAUACACGAUAUGUGUUAUUUCGAUAUUCGUUACCAGUUUUGGACAAUCCUCAGCUUUAAUUCACAUGGUGAAAUUCUCUGAAGAGUUGUCCGUAAGCAACGGCUCUACGCUGUUUGUGUUCUUUGGUUCUGCGACAGUCGUAUCAAGACUAAUAUGUGGAAGACUUUGUGAUGUCAGUUUUAUCAAACCAAGAUACGUCCAUCAARYAGGAGCCAUAUUGUCAGGAGUAUCGACGAUCUUGUUAAGUUUCUCUAAGACCUACACCCAUCUUAUUAUCUUUGCUGUAUUCUAUGGCAUCGCUGAUGGUGCGUUUCGUGUCACGACAAAUAUCUUAUUUAUGAAUACUGUGGACGUACCUCGUAGACCGUCAGCGUUUGGACAGGCUAACAUGGUAACGUCUGUGUCAUUGUCUGCUGGUCCAGCUAUUGCAGGUCUAAUGGCUGACAAGAUGGGGUCUUAUACAGGUGCCUUCAUUAUGGCAGGGUCCAUUACCAUAUUAGGAGGUUCUAUUCUAUUCGCACAUCUUUGUUUCUUGAGAAAAAACGACGACACUCCAGAAAUUGAUGUUUCUGACUUUGAUGUGACAAAUCAGGACGGCUCUGGAGUAGAAAAUGUUAUGGAUCACACAUCAUCGUGCUCUGGUCCAGGAGUCCAUAUCGAUGAGUCGUAGACUCAGUCCCUCUUUCUUUACACAAAGGGUCUGAUAAUCGKGCUAUCGGAGAAGUUUUGCAAAUGCCGCUCCUUAGCGAUUUGGGCUUCCUGUGGCUGGGCAUCCAAACAUUUUAAUAGYGRUUUUGGUUUCUAAAGAAAUUGUUUCUACAGAUUACUAUAAUAAGCAAUCGAAAUAUAAACGGAAAGUAUGAAUAAAGCAAGUUUU